UUUUAUACUAAAAAAAAUCAUUCAUUCAUUCAUUUUAGUCGCCGCUAGGCUGAUGCCACUUGUUGAAUUAAAAAGGAGGAUCUUCAUGAAACAGAACCCCAAGCCGUAGUGUAUGAAUAAUGGAGAGAGGAAUACAUCAAGAUGAUUUGAGCCUUGAUGGUCAAGAUAAAUCCAGACUAGAUGCUGAAAAUACGAAAAUAAUUCAUGGCAGACGAUUCUCCAUGCAGAUCCCAUUUGCAGAACUCUGUGUUUUAGAAUUUUGCACAGGCAUCAAAGAUGAAACAAAGGAGUGGGUGCUUAAUAGACUCUGUCUUCCAGUGAGCCAGAACGGGGCAGGGGUAAGGACCAGACUAGCGAAGAACGGAAAAAACAAACCACUUUUAGUUUAUAUUGGUGUCACUAAGGAACGAAUGCUGGAAGGGGCAGAGAAAGCAUGCCUGAAGAAACGAUGCAAAGAUGGCACUCUAGCAGAAUUUACAAUAAAGCACAAAGAUUCUUUUGAUCAAGAAGAAGCUGAGUUUCUGAGUACCGCAGAGCAGCAGCGAAUCAUAAGCUACAUCAUCUGUAACUUGGUGUCCCCAGAUGAUGAGGUCAUCCCCGGUACCAAUGCCAAGGUAUACAGGUUGGAGAAAGUCAUUAUCAAGUGCAUGAAUUUAGGGAUCAUAAGCAGACUGUACCCAUUGCACCAACUUGAGGAACUUGAUGAGCUUAGCAAGGCAUGGUACCAGAGCUUGCGCAAUGUUAUCAAGCAACCCCAUGGUACAAUACAAUUACAUUAA